UUCGGUGUCCGUAGUUCGUGCGAACUAUGAAAGAUUAUCAUCAUCUGAAGAGUGAAGAGCGUUAAUAUGAUGGGCGGACUGCUCUUCUGGUAACUCCUCGACUUGACUGAAAACCUUCCGACGUCAGUACAUCCCGUCUCUUCGUUACGUUGGCCCAACUACGCAGACAUGUGUCUGUCGAGUGCACUGUAGUAGUUUAGUAAUCGCGUUUGACAGCCUUCGUUUACAAUUGGUAUAAUACGACGGCGGGAUUAACCUGUUGGAGUGUUGUGCGUGAACCCUGCCAGUGUUUGUACAUGGUAUUAAUUUGAUUGAAAAAUGGCUUUAAAUCCAACGUCUGCCAACGACCACACGGUUAACAAAGUGGCUGUGUGUUCGGCUAUUUUUGCUGGUUUUGCGUAUGUCGGUUACUCGGUUGCAAAGAACGCGUUUGGACGACGUUUGGGCCGGAAAAACGACGAUGGAUGCCAUCAUGAGGAUCAACGCCUGUUUUUUCGACGUCUGUCCCAGACAACACAGACCGAUGUUUUACUUGGAAACUUGGACACUUCAGAAACCACUCGUGUGUUUUUACGACCCAUGACUGUCCAGCAAAGAAUUAAAGAGCUUAAUUUGCGGGCAAGAAUGUUUGCUGACACAAUGAUAGCUAUACAGACACCUUCAAACAAACAUUCCUUGCAGGGACCUAGAAGCCUACAGUUAAAUAGACCUAUGGAACCGAAUGAAGCUAAAAAUUUAUUAUCRUUGAUGGGAUCUAGAGAUAUUCUAGUACUUGAAAAAGUACUUGUAACUGUUAGUAAUUUAGCAACAUUUACACCAAACCAAGAAAUAAUGAGGGAAGCUGGAUACUUGAGUCAACUUCAGCAAUUGAUUUAUCAUCCUGAAGAAUCUGUUCAAAUAACUGCACUUGUGGCAUUAGGAAAUUUAGCUUUAAACAAAAAUAAUUCAAAAGAAAUGAAGGAAACAAUUCCAAUGUUAUUAGCUCUAAUGAAAAUGAUGGAUUCGGAUGAGAUUAUUUACAAUUGUUUAUCCACUUUGACCAAUAUUGCAGUAUUCCAUAUGUGGCAUAGUGAACUACAACCGGCUAUACAUACAUUAUAUAGUUUAUUAGAAAGUCAAAAUAACAAAGUUGUUCUUCAAUGCUUAAAACUWCUAAUCAACUUAUCUUGUAAUGAUGAUAUGAUUCCACAUCUUUUAGGUGGACAAGCUCCCAAAAAACUAUUAUCCAUGUUGAACUUGAAUGAAAAUGARGAUAUUCUACUUAGAGUUGUAACAUUAUUUAGUAAUCUUACUGAUGCCGUAAAAGCUAUGGAAUUGGAUCCUGUAUUAGAUUUGCCUGUGGAAGACAAAGCCGCAGCCCCUGAUACUAUGUAAGUGUAAAAAUUGUUCAAAGYUUAAAUACAUUUUUGUUAUGACUCAAAACUUAAAACCUUCAAAAUCAUUAGUACAUAGUUAUUUUAAUAAAUAAAACAAUAUGUUUUAUGACGUUUCAACUUUGGGUAUUAUUCCCUAAAUUCUUUUCCCUUAAAAGAAUAUCGGCACACUAUUUGUUUUCUGGGUCUUUGGCCCACUCUUAAAAUAGAUAAAAUGCAUUUAUGCAGAAUAAUUUUUUCUAUGUUUAUAAUUGAUCUUAGAGUAAAAUCACCCAAUACACAAAAACGAUAAAGAGGAAAUGACAUAUCAAUUUGUCUAAAUAAUGUCUCCAAACAAUUUAAACAUUAUUUAAAUACUCAACAAUUUUUGUUUAUUUUGAAAGUCAAAUAUAAA